CAACGUGUUAGUUCCAAUAGUUUAACAGGCAGCUUUGUAGCUCUAACAAAAAGCUGUGCCAGCACAGUUUUUUUCCCUCCAUGUUCAUUGCAGUGAUAGCUAGUAAGUGAUCUUUGGCAAUGGAAUUGUUAGAGGAGUGGUAAUAUUUAAUAGGUUCCUGUGGAGGAGUUAGUUGCUUUUUUUCUUUCCAGAUAAUUAUCUAUAAAAAGACGCUGAGGGCAGGCAACACCAUGUUGAAAACAGAGUGAGUUGGAGUAAAAGCUCUGCAUGGUUCUCUGGAACCGAAUUAACAAGGAAAUAUUUUAAACAACCAAAACAAAUAUCACAUUGCUCUAUUACUAAAGCUACAAUAUGGCUCAGCAGGCAACAAGCCCAGACACCUUGACUGUACCUGAAGUCGAUAAUCCACAGUGUCAAAAUCCAUGGCUGAACGAGGAUCUUGUAAAGACUCUGAGGGAAAACCUGUUGCAGCAUGAAAAGUCCAAGACAUCCAGGAAGUCUUCAUCUAUGUCACCCAGAUUAUCUCCAGUUAUUUCUCCUAGAAAUUCUCCGAGGCUCUUACGCAGGAUGCUUUUGAAUAGCAACAUACCAAAACAGCGGCGUUUCACUGUAGCACAUACAUGUUUUGAUGUGGACAAUGGCACCUCAUCGGGACGGAGUCCCUUGGAUCCCAUGACAAGCCCUGGGUCAGGGCUAAUUCUGCAGGCUAACUUUGUUCAUAGUCAACGUAGAGAGUCUUUCCUCUACCGGUCAGACAGCGACUAUGACCUUUCUCCAAAGUCCAUGUCCAGGAACUCUUCCAUUGCCAGCGACAUACAUGGAGAUGACUUGAUUGUGACACCAUUUGCUCAGGUGCUGGCCAGCCUGCGUACUGUACGGAAUAAUUUUGCUGCAUUAACCAAUUUACAAGAUCGGGCACCCAGCAAACGGUCACCCAUGUGUAACCAACCAUCCAUCAAUAAAGCAACUAUAACAGAGGAGGCCUACCAAAAACUGGCCAGCGAGACCCUGGAGGAACUGGACUGGUGCCUGGACCAGCUGGAGACCCUGCAAACCAGGCACUCCGUCAGUGAAAUGGCCUCGAACAAGUUUAAAAGAAUGCUCAACAGGGAGUUGACCCACUUAUCUGAAAUGAGCCGAUCAGGCAAUCAGGUCUCAGAAUAUAUAUCAAAUACGUUCUUAGACAAACAACAUGAAGUGGAAAUCCCUUCUCCAACACAGAAGGAGAAAGAGAAAAAGAAGAGGCCUAUGUCCCAGAUCAGUGGAGUGAAAAAAUUGAUGCAUAGCUCCAGUUUAACAAAUUCCAGUAUCCCCAAAUUUGGCGUUAAAACGGAACAAGAAGACAUUCUUGCCAAGGAACUAGAAGAUGUGAACAAAUGGGGCCUGCAUGUUUUCAGAAUAGCAGAACUAUCUGGAAACCGACCUCUGACGGUCAUCAUGAAUACCAUUUUCCAGGAACGGGAUUUGUUAAAAACAUUUAAAAUUCCAGUAGACACUUUAAUAACUUACUUGAUGACUCUAGAAGACCAUUACCAUGCAGAUGUCGCAUAUCACAACAACAUACAUGCUGCAGAUGUUGUUCAAUCUACCCACGUUCUGCUAUCAACUCCAGCUUUAGAGGCGGUGUUCACUGAUCUGGAGAUUCUUGCUGCAAUUUUUGCUAGUGCAAUACAUGAUGUUGAUCACCCUGGGGUUUCAAACCAAUUUCUUAUCAACACAAACUCUGAACUUGCCUUGAUGUAUAAUGACUCAUCGGUAUUGGAGAACCAUCAUUUAGCUGUGGGUUUCAAGUUGCUGCAAGAGGAGAACUGUGACAUUUUCCAGAAUUUGACCAAAAAACAAAGACAAUCGCUGAGGAAAAUGGUCAUUGACAUUGUCCUUGCAACAGACAUGUCUAAACAUAUGAAUCUGUUGGCUGAUUUGAAAACUAUGGUUGAAACCAAGAAAGUGACAAGUUCUGGGGUUCUACUUCUUGAUAACUAUUCAGACAGAAUUCAGGUUCUACAAAAUAUGGUGCACUGUGCAGAUCUAAGCAAUCCAACCAAACCACUUCAGCUCUACCGCCAGUGGACCGAUAGAAUAAUGUGUGAUAAGCACAAUGCAUCUGUAGAGAAAUCACAGGUGGGGUUUAUAGACUACAUUGUUCAUCCUCUCUGGGAGACGUGGGCAGAUCUUGUUCACCCUGAUGCCCAGGAUAUUUUGGACACCCUGGAGGACAAUCGUGAAUGGUACCAGAGCACAAUCCCUCAGAGCCCUUCUCCUGCUCCUGAUGACCAGGAAGAGGGUCGGCAGGGCCAAACUGAAAAAUUCCAGUUUGAACUGACGUUGGAGGAAGAUGGUGAAUCAGACACUGAAAAGGACAGUGGAAGUCAAGUGGAAGAAGAUACCAGCUGCAGUGAUUCCAAGACUCUUUGUACCCAAGACUCAGAAUCCACUGAAAUUCCUCUUGAUGAGCAAGUAGGUGAAGAAGUGGAAGAGGAGAGCCACACAGAACCUUGCAUACUAGAGGAAGAUCAUUCUCCUGACACGUAACAGUGUGAAGACUCAGUUUCUUUAUCUCUGUCUCUGUCUCUCUUUUUUUAAUUAGAAAAUUGUUUCCAAAGUGCAUGUCAUAUGCCACAACCAUGGUUGCAGCUCACUGUCACCUGCCAGGAUGUUUGUUGAUCAAAACUGACCUUUAUUACUAAGUUUGGCACUCAGGAAUAUUGUAACCAGAAUUUCACCUCCAUGGCAUCAGAGAGCAAAGGGGAAAACAUCCAUGAACUGCAUUUUAAUAAGAUAUCCACUUGGCAGAUUUGAUUAUAGAAAUCAGGUCUCUAAAGUGGUUUCAGAGGAGUACAGCCUAUCAACAAAAGGCUGGUAUCCAUUGGGUGUUUUGUGUAAUUUUUUAUUUCACAAGCAAAGCAUUGAGUAACAUUUACCAUCCGAGUUUUAAGAAAACAGCCAGAGAAUGAACUGAGGUUUCUAAUGGAAAACAGAUGCCUAUGAAUAAUGGGACACAACAUGAAUCUGUUACCUAUAGGAAGAUGAGCUGUGGAAAUUGCAUAAUUUUCUAAUUUCAAGUCUUCCUAAUAUAUGACUGAAAAAAAUAAAGUGUGGCCAAGUGGGUUGCACUGACCUCUGCAUUUUGUAUUAUAUGUAAAACAGAGAUCUUUUGUAGAGCUUACUUUUAUUAUUAAAUGUAUUGAGGUAUUCUAUUUAAAGAAAAAAACACCUUUAGAACUUCAUCUGCCGCUGGUUAUUUUUUUCCAAAGAGUAACUUGCAAGUUUUCAGUACAGAUCUGUGCAACACUGGAUAAUACUUCUAGUUAUCUAGUUAUAGAAUUUAUUUUAUUUUUGUUUUGCACGUUAGAUUUUUAUAGUGUUGAUUUGAGCUGUAAAAAUCCGUUGUUUUAUAUACCAAUGACUUCCAUGAAAUACUUUUGGUUAUGCUGCAGGAAAAACUUUCAGUGGGACGGAAUUCAUUUUUGUAUAUUUUUAUUAUAAUUUUCUCAAACAAACAACAGAAGUCUGCAUUGUGCUUUUGUCUUCACAGUGGAGCUGACCCUGUAACCCCUCCCAUACUUACACAGGUAGUUCCACUGAAACCCAUGGGACCACUCAUGUGGGAGUGGGCCUAGUAUGAAAAAGUGAUGAACCAUCUCUUUAUACGAACAUAACAUUUAUCUUUAAUAAAAUUAGUCCCGUUACAAUAUCACUCUGAGGCUGGGAACUGGAGAUUAUUAAAUAAGAACAACCUAAUUAAACAUAUAGAAUAUUUGCUGUGGCAAAAGAGUAGAGUCUUUCCUAUUUUGUUUCCCUUAAAACGCGGGGGGUGGGGAGUUCAGACAUUUGGGCAGUAAUUUCUGUUUAGUGGGCACAUGGCUCAUCCCAGAAGUGUGCAUGUGUCUUUAAAAAUAACAAUUAGCAUAUUUUUCAGAACUCCUUUAAAAAAAAGUAAGCCAAUAAUUCUUGGAAAGGUUUGGAUUUACCACAUUAUUUCACAAUUUCAACAUGUUUUUCCUCCUUUUUUCCAUGUUGUGCUGAAAGGAUCCUACUUUAAAUCUGAUCCCUACCUCUGUCUUCUGUAGUUUAGAAGGAAAAAGAGGGUUAUAGUGUCAUGCUUGUCAUUAAACAGUUCUACUGACAGGUCAUGUGUCAUGGGGGAAUUAAUCUCUUAUGGUUGACUCUUUAUUAAGACUAAUUUUGAUGAGUGAGUUUGGAAAACAACUACUGUAGAUUCUUUCUGUGACAAAUUCUGGUCAAAUGACAAGGCAUAAUUGCUUUUUGAAAAGAUGAAAUGGAAAUGGCACUUAUUUCCUUUGCUUGAGUUCCAAGUUGAACCAGAGAAUGUAUAGGAAAUGAAUAAGGGGUUAUACCACUGUCAAAGACCUAGGAUAACCCCCUCCCAAUUAAAAAAAGUUGGGUAAUGGUUUAGCUUUCAAAUGCAUUUAGCAUUUUUCUGUCUCCAGGUCAUAGUUUUACCUGCCUUUAGCCCUGAAAGGGCUUUAUCUACGAAGAUACCAAAGGCAGAAAGUAAAUGGAGAUAUCUCUGCCAUGCUGAUAGGAGCUUCAGGCUCUUUUCUUUCCCUCGCCAUCUGCCCCGUGAAGCACACUCCCAUCCAAAAAUCCUUUCAAUCCCCAAGAGUGCCUAUAAUCUUAAUAAUGAAAAAAGCAAUAUAAAUUCCAAAAAUCAAUAUGGACCUGAAAGGGUUUUACAUCUGCACUAAUUGAAAACAAAAAGGCUUAAAGAAAAUACCACCACAUUGUGAAAUAUACACCCAUACACAUGGACAAUCAAGUAGUAGAAAAAGACAUGAUUUCUUAGAGCCAGGGAUCUAAUGCACUGUACAAUCUUUUUUUUCUUUUUCUUUGCCAAAGUGUGUUUUAGCAUUGCACACUGCUUUAACAACAAUACAAUUUACAAGUGGCUUUACAUGUUCUAAAUAUUUUUGCCAUAAGUAAAUGCAAUGAGUUGGGUACUGAAUGGGAAUACAAGAAAAACCUGCAUUUGCUUGUAACAGUACAUUUUAGCUUGCAAGUUACUGUACUCAGUAAUGCUGUAUUUGUUAUUUUUAGGGGGGGUUGCGUCAUUCUUAAAAUUUAUGAGCAAAUACAGGUAGAACAAAUUGCAUUCAAAGUUUUUAAACAAAAAUUGAAUGAAAUGGAUUUUACAGGAAGAUUUGACAAUUCUUUUAAAAUGCAUUAUUUAUUUUAUUUUGUGCCAUGCAUUUUUCUCACCAAAUGACCUUACCUGUAAUACAGUCUUGUUUGUCUCUGUUUACAACCAUGUAUUUAUUGUAAUGUACAUACUGUAAUGUUAAUUGUAAAUUAUCAGUUUAUUAUAACAUCAUCCUUUAUAGGUUGGUGUUGCUAUAUUUGGAAACUCUUGGUGAGAGAAUGAAUAUUAUGUAUACAUAUUCCUUGUACAUUUUUUCUCCUGUAAUAUAUUCUGUGUCACCUUAGAGCUUGUUUAUGGAAGAUUCGAGAAAAACUAUAAAAUACAUAAAGAUAUAUAAAUUUAAAAGCUGCAGGUCUUUGGUCCCAGGGCUGUGCCUUAACUUUGAACAAUAUUUUCUUCUGUUCUGCUGCAUUUGAAAGUAAGGUAGUUGUGGGACUAGGGCUGGGCAUUCCUACAAUACUUUUAGUAGUUAAUGCUUUGAGUCACCGGCAUACACUAAUAUGUACAAUACUACAACCUGUUUUCAUUCAUGACCACAUUUGAAAGUCAAGCUUUUCUAUACCUACAGUUGUGUAAUUGCGAUGUCUACCUGAUUGUUUUCUUUCCACUUUUAAAGGCUAUAAUCAGGGAUUACUUCAGCCAUUACCUGUUCAUUUUUUGAAGUUAACACAAUAAUUUGAAACAAUACUGCACAAAUAGACAUUGAACAGUUCUAAUAACUCAUUUGGUUCUUAGGCACAUAGGAAAAUUAAUCAGACUUCAUAUGCAUUAUUUUGGCAAUGGUCCUUCAUGCUCCUUCCUUAUUUAGCUGUACAGGAAGUAUAUUAUACUACUGUAUAACCAUAAGAGUAGGGCAAAAGAUAACUUGAAACCUUGGAAAUGCUUUCCAACACUAAUAUUAGUGUUAUAAGCAGCCAAAGUUUUCCUAUUUGUAGAUGUACCUAAGGCUUUUGUACAUGUGUGCAUAAUGUAGAUGCACUAGGUGUAAAGGAUGUCUGUAACCCUUUAAAUAACACUAGUAUUAGUUUUGCAGAAUUGGACUCUUCUUAGCAUGUCACUGAAACACCACAGUUGCUGUAGGCCAGUUAGGACUCCUGAUAGCAAUUAAGUUGCUAGUGUAAGAGACAUACCUCUUUUCCAUUCCAUUGAUGCCCAGCCCUUGUAGCAUGUGACUGUUCAGUGAAAGGAGAGAUUCUUUUUCAAGGAAAAACAGAGCCUCCUUUUUGACACAAACUGUAGAUUUUAGCAGCCCUGGCCCAAAGGAAUUUGAUUGCUUUUGUUUUAAACAGUAUAAAAGGGACAUUAUAAUAACUGAAAUCCUGAACAAUUUUUUGUUUUAAUUUGGUUUUCUUUUGGGUAAGUCUUUAGACUGGCAACUUGUGUGAACAUGGCAAAUGAUUAGUCUUUCUAUGAUUUCUUAGUCUCUCUUACAGCCUAUGGAGUAGUACUGUACAUCAAUAUCUUCAUAUGAAUUUUUAUAUGCAAUGGAAAUAAAAGCAUGGGUUGAUUCUG